GCAUUCGAGGAUGCAGUGACCUAUGCCGAAAAGUUUCCCAAUCUGCUGCAAUGGGUUUUCAGUGCACAACACCUCGUCACUUCAGAGAGUCUGGCCCACCUUGCACGUGCGUGUCCGCUGAUUACUCACAUGGACACAUCACAUAUCGCCCACAGCUGGUUGUGCCAAGCUGAGGUGUACACUAACAUGCUGCAAUACUGGCCUAACCUGAGGUCUCUGAGUGUGACGGAGUCUUCGGUGUUGGCUGGAGUAGACCUGUCGUGCCUGGCGGAGCUCAGAAUGUGGGGUGAGCUCUGUAUAGACAUCCAGUCACAUAGCCUUCGCAUCCUGGAAGCUGCAUGCUGUAGUUCGAUACCGAAUCUGCUGAAGAACUGCCCGAACCUGAGCGAACUGAUUGUGAAAGGCUCCACAGUUACUUUCGAGCUACACUCAGCGCAUCUGCACACGUUGGCUGUGGAGGGCGUUGCUUGCAAGGGUGCACUCGACCACUGCAUGGCGCUUACUGAUCUGGAUGUGGAUUGGAUACUUCAUCCACGCGAGAGGGGUACUACACAUGAUGACACGGAAGAUGAUGAGAGUCGGCUGACAUCAAGUUUGCAUACGUUGGCCGACAAUGUACAGUCAUUGCAAGGGCAAGGGGACUCGAGCUCUAGUCGUGCUGUAUGGCCGCGGUCUCGGGAUACCGAUGAAAGAAAUGGAAUACAGAGAGGCUCUCAAAGGAAUGGAAUGCUCGACACAGCAAGCACGGGUAGUGCUACAGCUGGCGAAGUUAGCGCAGAUACAAACAGAGUGGACAGGAAUAUUCAUUCGUAUCUUCACCCAAGCAUUCAGACACUAACGUACCGGGGAAUUCUGUUGAAAAGUAGGAUGUUGGAAUGUUUUCCGAAUAUAUGCCGACUAGUUUGUCCCAGUAUAGAUACCCAGCUUGAAGCAGGAUUCCACUCAAUCGCACUCACCAGUAUAACCCUGGAGGCCGCAAUGCCAAAGAACUACUCACUGCCACACUUAGAGUCGUUGACAUGUUCGAAUUCGGUGGGAAGGCUGAGAUUACCGGCACUGACACUGCUGCACGUGUACUCUUUCUACAGUAAGCGUGCGCUUGUGGAGACCAUUGCGUCGUGCCCACUGCUGAGUAUAAUAUGUACCAUACAUGGCAACCCCUGGAACAGCGUGAAUCCCUGGGUCCAUCCAUCCAACAAGAUCUGGCAAGAAAUUCGAGAUCUAGAGCACUCCAGGAAUGUGAGAUUUGUAGUCAGUGGCUGGAAUCGAGGCAUCAUGCCGGACGAGUUCGAGCAGAUGCGCAAAGAAUACCGGGUGGGAUACACAGCAGAGUGGAUAGAACGAUGACGAGUAGUUAAUCAAGUAAUUAAAGCCCCCUCAUACAUGGGCUUAUAUAUUUGAAAGUUACACCGAUAAUUGAUCAGAGAGAUGUUAACUAUACUUAUAUAUAGAUUCUUAGUGAGCGUCGUACAGACUGUGAUUUGAGGCCCGGCGUGUGAGCUUGAUUGUGAUCCUCUGGUUUUCUCAGAGGAGCCGACUUGCGGAAAUCAUCAAGCCUGGGACCAGACUUACUGAGGGUCCUGGUUUUGUCAAUAUAGGAUGAUGAGUAGGAAAUAUUUGCUGUAAAUCCCUGUCCGAAUGGCGAACCACCGAGUGUGCAGGUGGAACCAACGCAUAUGCUAUUUUCUAUAAAAAAAGUAUUAAAAAACGCCGCAGAUCUGCC